CUAACAAUAAGAUAGGAAUAAGGUCAUAACCCGAUGUAAUUAAUGAUUGAAAGCUCUCUGGAUUAUUAAUCUGACCUCUAGCAUUCUAGCAGACCAACACUGGUAGUGGGAAUUAAGUGUCCAACGAUGUUAAAAGCAGUGAUUUUUCUAGUAAUCGCAGGAGUAUGCUUAGCAGAAAUUGAAUUACCAACAAACCUAAACCUAAAUAGUUUGGACGAUAUUCCUUUUGUUAAGGAUAGAUGUGAGAAGAAGGGUAGUACAGACACUUAUGAAAGAAUAAAGCAAGCUGCUAACGAAACAAGAACAUGUUUAGAAGGCAAAAUAAAUCCCAUUCAAGUGAAAAGCGAAUUAGACGAGGCCAAGAAAACUGGAUCUAUGGAUGAAGUGUUUGGAAAAUACUGCAAAAAACGUCCAGAAAUAAAGGACUGCAUAUUAAAGACCGUCAACAUAUCCAAAGAAUGCUUGGAAGAAAGCGAAAAGUCAGCAUUGGAUAAUGCAAUUAGAAUCAUCGACGAAAUAUUGGAUUUCGCAUGUUUCAGAGAUGGUGACAGACUGGCAAUGUUCGUGGCUGAAGGCGGACUCGAAUGUAUAAAUUCAAGGACAGAGAAGGUACAAGAAUGUGUCAAUUCCACAUUGAAAAUUGAUACCAGUAGCUUCUCACUUUCCACAUUCUCGUCACACAUACCGUCUCUUUCUAUUGAUAAGGAAAAAUGCGAUAAUUUCGCAAAAAUACAGGAAUGUGUAGUAACCGAUCUGGAGACCAAUUGCAAGGAUACCACUCCAGCCAAUAUCGUAGACGCCCUCUUCAAGUUUGUGAAAAAAACCACUUGUAAAAACAUCAAGCGAAGAAGAAGUGUCAGUAGAUCAAUAAUAAAACUGGAUAUUGAAAAACAACUUUCAAAAAUCGUUGACAUUUCGUCCAUUAGUGAAAAACUUCAAACUGGAUGUACAAAAAAUGGCGGAGAUAAUGCUCUUGGCGAUUUAUGGUAUUCUCUGAACGAAACUAAAAAUUGCUUUGGACAAUACAAGUUUCUUUCUACCCCUAAAAAUGAAUUUUUAGGUGCUAUAAGAAACUGUACCUCCAAACUUGUUCAAGCGAUGGAAAAUUGUCUAGCGGAUGAUGCGAAAUAUUAUCCAUCAUUUUUUGUUAAUUCCGUACUCUCUCUUGUUGAGUUUGGAUAUGAUAAUCAUGCAGAUGCAUUAAGAAUAUCACCAGACAAUGGUAUAAUUUAUUGCCUUCAGAGGCUAAAAUACGAACAUGCCGAGAAGAAAUUAGCCCAUUGUAAGAGUAUGCAAGGAUUUAUUUUAAGUGAUUUUGCGACCUUUAAGGUACCAACGAAGAAUGAAAUAUGUCAGAGUACAUCGGAUUUUGCUGAUUGCUUGACAAAAACUGUAAAAGAGACAUGCGCUCCAGACAUUCAAAUUGAUACGUUGUUGGCAAACUUUAAAAGUGCUUCAAUUAAAGCUUGCAAAUAACUCAUAAUUAGAUGGAAAAAUAAUACAAUAUUAUAAUCCUAAAAUUUUGAUUGUGGCUUGUCUACUUGAUAUUAUAUAUAAAAAAUAUCACUAACACUGAAAAUGUUCUUUAGUUCAAUAUGUAAAAAUUAUACGAAAAUGUGUAAGUAUUUCUUCCUACUUAAUGUUAAAUAAACGUAUGACUUAAAAUUA